UCGGGGCAGUAGUUUUCCUGCCCGCCCGUACCUUCUCCCUUCCCCGCCUCCCUCAGCCCCGUCGCCCCGCCCCGGCUGCGGGGACCGGGCGGAGCGGAGCGGGAUAUUACUUAGCAUGGAAGAAGAUGAGUUCUUUGGAGAAAAAACAUUCAAGCAUUAUUGUACAGAGUUCAUUAAACAUUCACAACAGAUAGGAGAUGGUUGGGAAUGGAGAACAUCAAAGGACUGCUGUGAUGGAUACAUGUGCAAAACACAUUUUCAAAUAAAAAACAAUACUUCAGAGUCACAUCUGGGAAAAUCUGCUAGUGUACAGACAUUUCCUGCGAUGGAGGAAGCUAUAGAGCUACCCUCAGAUGAUUGUGAAGUGCCUGGGACUCCUGCAGUGUCUGAAGUGAUUAAAUAUGAGUAUCAUGUCUUAUAUUCCUGCAGCUACCAAGUGCCUGUACUAUACUUUAGGGCAAGCUUUUUAGAUGGGAGACCUUUAGCCCUGACGGAGAUAUGGGAAGGUGUCCAUGAGUGCUAUAAGACACGACUGCUACAGGAACCAUGGGACACUAUUACCCAGCAGGAGCAUCCAAUCCUUGGGCAACCCUUUUUUGUACUACAUCCCUGCAAGACGAAUGAAUUCAUGGCUCCUGUAUUAAAGAAUUCAAAGAAAAUCAAUAGGAAUGUCAACUAUAUUACGUCAUGGCUGAGCAUUGUAGGGCCAGUUGUUGGGUUGGAUCUCCCUCUGAGUUAUGCCAAAGCAGCUUCUCAGGAUGAGUGAAAUGUUGAUUGACAAGAUCUUCUGUUUAACUUAGAGACUGUGAAGUGUAGAACACCAAGAGAUGGCUGUGGUAGAGCACUUGCCUGGCCAAGUAUAAGGCCGGAUAUUCAAAAACCAGUAUUGCCAAAAAAAAAAAAUGUUGAAUUAAAA